AUGAGUUCCCUUCUCAUCAAGUAUAAAUGUGAAACCGCGAAAUUUGAUUGCUAUAUGAUGAUCACAUUCCGCGCUAUUCAGUACGCAUGCUGGACGAGCGUCAUCGUCGGCGUACUCUUGAUCACCGCGUUCUUCUCAACGAUUUGGGAAACCAUCAAGGAUGAGGCGCAUUAUUGCGGUAGGGAGCAAAUCGAGAAUGGCGCCAAAUGUGCCGAGCUAUCACGGAACGCACUGGACACACUCGACGACCUCAACAUCACGACGAUCGUGCUGAAACCAGUUUCGCAAUUCCAGCGAAUCGCCAAUGAUUGUCGCGCGACAAUGGAAUGCCUCGAAACGAUCACGUGUAGAGAAGGUCACGAUUUCGCGCUGGAGGUUCUCGAAACGAUCCCAUUUUGCGAGUUUUUCAGAUUUUAUACCGGCGAAUUCGCCGAAUGCGCUGACAAGCUAGCUGGUUCUGAUGGUGAUUAUGCAUGCCUUUUUCCAUAUUAUAAAGCAAAAUUCGAGACGAAUUCGAAGCGUUGCCGAGCCAUUUCCGACAAUCUCUCAUGUGUGGAAAGUGUCAUCGAGAACGAAUGCAGCACGGAGCUGUCGAAUAGUUUCACCAAGAAAUUCUCCGAAUUCCAGAGAACGACCGAUUGUGAUGAUCUCGCGACAUAUUAA